AUUCUCCCAGGAGAAAACGAUACCGCAGCAGAAAUAGCUGCUGGCGAGAAACGACUCGGGGAUCAUAUUCGCGCGAUUUUAAAGCACUAUCAGCAAGAUGAUCCGAUAGGGCUACCUGGGGCACCGAUACCGGAUCCGAUGCCAGUACCGGAUAUGAAGCAUUCAUUUUCUAUGUACACCAUGAAUUUCAAACACGUGAAUGUGUAUGGUCUAUCUAAGUUUCGGAUAGUACAUGUGGAAUCGGAAUUAGCGCUGAUGCAAGUCGCAGUAGCGUUAAGCAUCGAAACCUUGGACAUUCGUGGAUUGUACACUCUUUCCUCUUGGCUGUCACGAUCAGCCGGUAAUUUUACCGUGAAAUUGACAGGGGUAAAUGUACAGGGUAUAGCUAGACUCGAAGUCGCCAGCGAUGGCAAGUUGCAAGCGCAGAACAUCGAUAUGGAUUUAACGUUUCAAAAAAUAGACAUGGAUUUCAAGAAUCUUGGCUUCCUGGCUUCUGUGCUCCAGGGAGUGAUCAAUUCUGUAGGCACUUUUAUUUUUGACAGUAUUAAACCUCUCAUAUUGAAGGAAGUGAACACUAACAUUCGGGGCGAGGUAAACAAACAAAUCUCACAAUUGCCGCAGUACUUCCCUAAUUCUAUAUCGCCCUUCGACAUGGCUGUCGCCGAAGCUCGCAGGCAAGUGUCUCAAAUGGGAUACGAUCCGUUCAAGGUGAAGGAUUAUAGCCAGUCCGCCGGUAUGUUCACCGUGACGUCAACACAUACUUGGAUCACCGGCCUGGCAAGCUUUUACCGGAUGGGGAACAUUACGUUAAGCAUGGAAAAUAGAACAGUGUACGCAACAAUUGACAUCGGCACUCAAGAGAUCGAAGGAAGGACGCACUGGGAAAUAAGCGUAAUCGGUGGCUUUUUAUCUAGAGCCGGAACGGUUUCUUUCACCGUACAGUACCUCAGGGUCCAAAUAAAACUGAGUCAACCCUUAGACACUCGAAAAAAGCCAAGUGUCGAAGAACUAGAUCUUGAGUUGGGUAAUAUUCAAACAAGAGUUCACGGCGCCGGUACCAUCGAUUACCUUAUGGAGGCCAGCGUGAAUAUACUGCCAAACCUUUUAAGGUAUCAGAUAAUGGAUGCGAUAGAGGGACCACUCAAAAGGCGAAUACAAGCUGAAUUGACUAAAGUGGAUGUAGAAAAAUUGAUUUACGAAAAAAUUCCUGAUAUAGAGGAACAAGCUAGGUAUCUACAAGGAAUAGUGCCACCUGAAGAAACGGUACUGGAGCAGCCGAUGUCGGCUUUAGAUAUGGAUGAACAACCUUUCUCAGAGAGCGAGGAAGACCGAGGUCCUUCGUAACAGUCGCAAGAAUUACAAAUUAUUUCAAUUAAAUCUAUUAUUUUACAAUUGAACUAUUUAUAUCUUUAUAAAUGAUAGCAUACUUAUAUGUAUAGGAAGGAUUCAUUUUAUACACAGUAAAUCGUGAUAAAAACACUG